AGAACUUUGGACAGGCUGACAAUAUGUUUAGUGUUUUGCAAUAGGAAUACAUGUCCUCCACUAUGGACCUGGGACAGCUUAAAUCCCUGUGCUUCUGCCUGAUCAUUCUCUACGUGCCUCUCCAAACGGUUUCAGUUUUUUUACAGGCUAAAGAAGCAGCCACUAUUUUGAAAACCCGAACAAAGAGAGCCAAUUCUUGGUUUGAAGAGCUAAAGCCGGGAUCCUUGGAGCGAGAAUGUAUAGAAGAGACCUGUUCAUAUGAGGAAGCCAAAGAAAUCUUUAAGGAUGAUCGUCGUACUAAAGAAUUUUGGAAGACUUACACAGAUGAGGACCAAUGCCUGUCCAACCCUUGUAAAAAUGGAGGGACCUGCUUUGAUCAGUUCCAGUCAUACGUGUGCAGCUGCCCCAUACCUUAUGAAGGCCGAAACUGCGAGCAAAGUACAAAUGAUUUGCUGAGAUGCAUGUAUGACAAUGGAGAAUGUGAACAUUUCUGCAAUGACACCCCAUCUACAAUCCGGACAUGCUCAUGUGCAGAAGGUUACGUUUUAGGAGAAGAUGGAUUAUCAUGCAUACCUACUGUGCUAUAUCCAUGUGGGAAAAUUCCAAUAUUAAAGAAUAAGAGGAAAUUUGGUCGAAUUGUGGGAGGUGAACAUUGUCCUAAAGGGGAAUGUCCUUGGCAGGCUGCACUCUUUCACGGAAAAACAUUCAUCUGUGGCGGAACGUUAGUAGCACCAAACUGGAUUGUCACUGCAGCUCAUUGUGUAAAAUCAGCUAUCAUGAAAAAACUAAUUGUUGUCCUUGGUGAACACAAACUGAGCGAAGCUGAAGGUACAGAACAAGAGAGGAACAUAUCUCAAAUCAUAGUACAUGAAAACUAUAUUGGGAAAAGCUCAAAUUAUGACAAUGAUAUAGCUCUACUUAAAAUGGAUCAUCCAGUUAAUUAUACAGACUAUGUGGUUUCAUUAUGUUUGCCUGAAAGACGGUUUGCUGUACAAGAGCUGAUGUCCAUCAGGUAUUCAACAGUCACUGGAUGGGGUCGCCUGUUAGAGGGUGGGGUAACCCCUGACAUAUUGCACAAAGUGCAGCUGCCCAGAGUGAAGACACAAGAUUGUAUCCAGCAGACUAAUAUAAAUAUUACAAGAAACAUGUUUUGUGCAGGCUUCACCGAUGGUUCCAAGGAUGCGUGUAAAGGUGACAGUGGAGGGCCGCACGCCACAAAGUAUAAGGAUACAUUUUUCCUCACUGGUAUUGUCAGCUGGGGACUAGGAUGUGCAAGCAAGGACAAAUAUGGUGUUUACACCAGAGUGUCCAUGUAUAUUGACUGGUUACAGGAUCAUAUGAAUGAAACAAGUUAUUCAGAACCAAGAACUACCAUACAAUCAUUGAAUUCCAAUAGAAAAUAAUUUUCUUAUAACCCCAAAGUCAUUAUUAUCCCAAUGAAAAAAGUGUACAUUAAAAAUAAAUGUAUACUCAUAUUGAGUCUUUGCUAUAAUGAAAUAUGGAUCAACCAAGUAUUUAAAUGUGCUUUCAACCAUAUGGUGAUCCGUUAACCAAGUUUAAUAAAAGGCUAAACUUC